AUGAUAACUAAUCAAUCAAUCCAUCACUGCAGAUGCACCCGUAGCUGCUUCCAGUGUCCGAUUUGCAUUGGACCGCUCGCCGUCCAGUCAGUCGCGCCCGCGCCGGAACCCUCACAUCUCACGGCAGACAAUGCAGGCUCGGCCCCUCCCGGUCCCUGGGUUCUGUGUUGCUCGUACUGCAAUUGGGCUUCGUCCGAGAUUGGAGUCCAGUUCGACAAACCGCAGGGUAUCUAUGGGCAACUGCUUAAAAUGCGUCACGGCAUUGGCUCGAGUGACAUACCAAAUGCACCCGUGGAUGCUGUACCCACGAAAAGGGAUGUUCUCGCAGAGCCAGAGUCCACCAAGUCACGUUUCGCCGCCAUGAAAUCUUUCUACCAGUCUCAGCUUGCCAGCGCCAAUCCUGCAACUAGCAGCAUGAGCGGAAGCUUUGGCGACUAUGGCUUUGGUUCUCCCAAUGCUCUCACCCGUAUCAUGAGCCUAUACUCUGGAACCAGCGGUCUGACUGCUUCCAAGACUAAAGCCAGACCGACCAUUAUACGGGAGGCCGACACUGAAAACGAGGGUCUUCGGUUUCCCGAUCUCGACGAGUCUGCUGCCAUAACCAAGCUUAGGCACCAAGGAUACGAUGGUACCGUGACAAGGCCACAAGCCGCGGUUCAAGUCGAGGAAGGUGCUCGGUUCGCUGAUGAGAUGUGGCCAGUUCCCUACUUGCUUCGGUCAAAACGUGCGAAGCGAUGUCCUGCCUGCCGUCACAUCCUCAGUAAGCCAGAAGCUAAAGUGAACAAUACGAGAUUCCGUAUCAGACUCGUGGCAGUGAACUACUUGCCAGAGAUCUCAUCCAAGCCACUCAUCCAACCAGGGCUGCCUCCUCCUCCUUCAGAUCUGCUGAUACCAAUGAAGCCUACCCAAUACUUGUUGACUUUUAAAAACUUGAUGUUUGAAGACAUCAAGGUCAGCCUAGCGACCCCUAACACAACCCCUGGUCGCUUUGCAUCCCGUGUCACCGUCCUGUGCCCACAGUUCACCAUUGAAGCAAACUCGGAUGACUAUGAUAUCAACGAGGUACUCAAAGAUGACCGCCGGCGGGAGCGCGCGGACACUCUACAGCAAGUCGAGCCGGGAAAAGUAUGGGAGCGUGGACGAAAUUGGGUCAGCAUUGUUGUUGAGGUGAUCCCCUCAUCUUUGCGCAUAGAACCACGGCCCACUAUCCUCAAGAAAGAUGGUGAUGGUAAAGAUGAUCUCAGUCCACUCAAGGAGGAUGAGGAUAUUCUCGAAAUUCCCAUAUUUGUCCGUUUGGAGUGGGAGAGCGAUCCGGCCGGAGACCAAGUGAGUACCUCGGCAAGUAAGGAAAAGGAUGGCAAGGAAAAGAAGGAAUUGGCGUACUGGACGGUACUAGGAAUUGGGCGGAUUAGCCAGGAAUGA